AUGGCUGCGGCGGCGGCGGCGGCAGCGGCGGCGGCAGCGGUCGCUACGGGCCGGCAGCGGCCUGAGGCGGCAGGUCCGCAAUGGGCGCCUCCCGGCCUCGGGGACGGCGACGGCGAGGACGCGCCGGUGCGGCCGCUGUACAAGCCCCGCGGCAUCUGCUCGCGCGCCUACUUCCUGGUGCUGAUGGUGUUUGUGCACCUGUACCUGGGCAACGUGCUGGCGCUGCUGUUCUUCGUGCACUACAGCAACGGCGACGAGAGCUCCGACCCCGGGCCCCAGCGUCGCGCCCAGGGGCCGCGGCCCGCACCAGCCUUGGGUCCCCUCACCCGGCUGGAGGGGAUCAAGGUGGGGCACGAGCGGAAGGUCCAGCUGGUCAGCGACAAGGACCACUUCAUCCGGACCCUCAGCCUCAAGCCACUGCUCUUCGAAAUUCCUGGCUUUCUGAGCGAUGAAGAAUGCCGGCUCAUCAUCCACCUGGCCCAGAUGAAGGGGCUGCAGCGCAGCCAGAUCCUACCCACUGAGGAGUAUGAAGAGGCCAUGAGCACCCUACAGCUCAGCCAGUUGGAGCUCUUCCAGCUGCUGGACCAGAACCGUGAUGGCCGCUUGCAGCUUCGGGAGGUCCUAGCUCAGACGCGCCUGGGAAAUGGACGCUGGAUGACACCUGAGAACAUUCAGGAGAUGUAUUCAGCCAUCAAGGCUGACCCUGAUGGUGAUGGCGUCCUGAGUCUGCAGGAGUUCUCCAGCAUGGACCUGCGUGACUUCCACAAGUACAUGAGAAGCCACAAGGCCGAGUCCAGUGAGCUGGUGAGGAACAGCCACCACACUUGGCUGUACCAGGGUGAGGGCGCCCACCACGUCAUGCGUGCUAUCCGCCAGAGGGUGCUGCGCCUCACGCGCCUGUCACCAGAGAUUGUGGAGCUCAGCGAGCCGCUGCAGGUGGUGCGCUAUGGUGAGGGAGGCCACUACCACGCUCACGUGGACAGCGGGCCCGUGUACCCAGAGACCAUCUGCUCCCACACCAAGCUGGUGGCCAACGAGACCGUCCCCUUUGAGACAUCCUGUCGCUACAUGACAGUGCUGUUCUACUUGAACAAUGUCACUGCUGGAGGAGAGACAGUUUUUCCAGUGGCAGACAACAGAACCUAUGAUGAAAUGAGUCUCAUUCAGGACAACGUGGAUCUCCGUGACACCCGGAGGCACUGUGACAAGGGCAACCUGCGGGUCAAGCCACGGCAAGGCACCGCGGUCUUUUGGUACAACUACCUCCCAGAUGGGCAAGGUUGGGUGGGCGACGUGGACGACUACUCGCUGCACGGCGGCUGCCUGGUCACGCGCGGCACCAAGUGGAUCGCCAACAACUGGAUCAAUGUGGAUCCCAGCCGGGCACGGCAAGCGCUGUUCCAGCAGGAGAUGGCGCGCCUGGCCCGGGAAGGCGGCGCCGACGCGCAGCCCGAGUGGGCCGUGGACCGGGCCUACCGCGAUGCCCGCGUGGAGCUCUGAGGGCAGGCUCGGGCUCCGGGGCGCCCAGCCGCCAUGCCGCCCACCACCGCCCCCUCCGCGAGGUGGGGUGCCAGCUUUCCACUCCAACCCCCUGUCCAGCUGCAGGCGCCCCCUCCUUGCCGCCACGCGCGCCCACCGACGCAGUCCCCACACUGGAAUUAUUUAUUUAUUGUGUACACAACCCACGCUACCCUAUUCAA